GAAGUUGUAUAUUCCCAGUUUCAGAUGAAGUCAAAGUUUGCGCCGAAGGCAAGCAAGGCAAAUCCUCAAUAUUGUCAAUGCCCGUAUACACAUUUCCCCUCCGAUUUUAAUUUAUUCUCAGACCGACCCACAAGCAUCACGAUGGUUGUUAUCGGAGAUCGGCCCGUUACCCGAGUCCAUUGUCCGGGAGCACCUGGAACAAACAAAGAUUACCUCUUUUUCCUCAGGUCCACAUUUCUCUUUUUACUGACGCGCAAUGUGGUGGCCGUUCACGUCAUCAAAGCCCGAAAAAAAGGAGGGGGCUCCUCUCCGACAGGACCGCCAGAAAUGCUAUGAAUUCAGAGAUGCGUAUUUUGCCUGUUUGGACCGUGCAGGCGUGGUGAAAGCCGGAGACGAAAAGUCCAGUGGGUCAUGUCUCACUGAAGCGAAGAAUUACGAAAAAAACUGCGCACAGAGUUGGAUUGAAUACUUCAAUCAACGGCGGGUGAUUGCUGAAGCACAAAAGGAACGGUUGGCGCAGGCGGGGACACAGGCCCAGAACGCCAGGAAAUGACAAAAUGACAAUGGUUACGCUUAGUUGAUGUUUCCGUGCAGUAAUCACGCCUCAUUUCGUUUCCUGUACGACCACUCCGCGCUUUUAUGCCGUUCCCAGCUUCCUACUGCGCCUGUACUCGCAUUUGGCCCUAUUGUUUUGUAAUUAUUCAUCAUUCAGAUCACCAACCACAGCCAAUGUUUCGGCCCCCCAGCUCUCCCCAAUACCCGAGAGUUAGCGCUGUGAAUCACAUUGAUAUGACAUCGCGGUUGAUCUUCCCAUUCUAUAUUACUUAAAUGUAUUUCUGCCACCUGCUUUUCAUUGAAGGGAGGCUUCUACAUUUUCUU